AGUCGCUUAUCAAAUAAAUUCCUUGGAAGCUUCCAGUUAGCGAGCAAAACGAUGGCGUCUGUCUUACUCCAUUCCCCAUAAACUGCCAGCCGAAACCUCACAACAAAUCGAAUAAAUCACACCCCUCUCAUUCCACCCAAACCUCUCCUGCUCACUACUGUUUCAAUGACAGUUCAUUGCUUACCAAACCCCCUCUCUUUACCUCUCUCCCUUCACCGACGCACACGACUACAAAAGCACCUUUGACCUCUCAUUGGAACUCCUAACAACAACGCAGCUCUAAAAUCAGAUUUGGGAUCGUCGACAAUGGAAGGAGGUGAUGGAACCGUGAGGUUGGGGACUCUGAACAUGAAGCCCGAUCGGUUAUUGAAUUUGGAGCCCGACGUCUCUGUUUCGUCGCCGGUCACCAGACAGAAAGCCGCCGCUGCAAAGCAGUUGAUUGAGAAUCAUUACAAGAACUAUUACCAAGGCAUGCAAGAUCGUAUUGAAAGGCGUCGAGCAGUGCAAAGGAAGGCGCAAGAGGCGCAAGUAUCGAGUGAGGAACAGGAGGAGAUGCUGAGGAAUUUGGCACGCAGAGAGACGGAAUUUAUGAGAUUGCAGAGGCAUAAAGUUGGAAUUGAUGACUUUGAGCAAUUGACUGUCAUUGGCAAAGGCGCAUUUGGUGAGGUUAGGCUUUGUCGUGCGAAAAGUACAGGAGAAAUUUUUGCCAUGAAGAAAUUAAAGAAAUCAGAGAUGCUUAGCCGUGGACAGGUUGAGCAUGUCCGAUCUGAGAGGAAUUUGCUUGUGGAGGUUGAUAGUCGGUGCAUAGUGAAACUCUUCUAUUCUUUCCAGGAUUCUGAUUGCUUAUACCUUAUCAUGGAGUAUUUACCUGGCGGUGACAUUAUGACCUUAUUGAUGAGGGAGGAUGUCCUUUCUGAAGAUAUUGCACGAUUCUACAUAGCAGAAAGUAUUCUUGCUAUUCAUUCAAUUCACCAGCACAACUAUGUACAUAGGGAUAUAAAACCAGAUAACCUGAUACUGGACAAAAAUGGCCAUCUAAAACUUUCUGAUUUUGGCUUGUGUAAGCCCCUGGAUAAUAAAUAUACAUCAAUACUCUUGGAAGAGGAAGAUUUUACAACACAGGAACCCAUAAGUGACAGUGAAGGGCAUUCUAGCUGCGAUAGAUCUCCUUGGUUGAUGCCAAAGGAACAAUUACAACAAUGGAAACGUAACCGCCGUGCCUUGGCAUAUUCUACAGUUGGAACACUUGAUUAUAUGGCACCUGAGGUGUUGUUGAAAAAAGGAUAUGGAGUAGAGUGUGAUUGGUGGUCAUUGGGGGCAAUCAUGUUUGAGAUGCUCAUAGGCUAUCCUCCCUUUUGUUCUGAUGAUCCUAGAAUGACAUGCCGUAAGAUAAUCAACUGGAAAACAUUCUUGAAAUUCCCUGAGGAACCAAAAAUAUCAGAUGAGGCGAAGGAUCUGAUCUGUCAUUUGUUAUGUGAUGUUGAAAAAAGGUUGGGGACCAAAGGAGUUGAAGACAUAAAGGCACAUCCAUGGUUUAGAAGCAUUAAAUGGGACAUGCUGUAUGAAAUGGAAGCCGCUUACAAACCCACUGUUAAUGGAGACUUGGACACUCAGAAUUUCGAGAAGUUUGCUGAAGUUGAAGAUCCACCAUCCACAGCACCAAGAGUGGGGCCCUGGCGAAAGAUGUUGACAUCAAAAGAUGCCAACUUCAUAGGAUAUACUUUCACGAAAUCCGAUAUCCUCAAAUCAGUUGGAGCUUCAGGUAUGGACAUGAAAUCAAAUGGAUCCUCGAAACCCACAUCUCUGGUAUCCUUGUUUGGCAAUAUAGACCUCCAAGACACAGAGGAUGGCCAGAAGCAGAAAACUUGAGUUUUCAACCGCUUUCUUUGGCCUUUCUACCAGAGCCACUAUCUCACUGUCUUUCUACAUGUGUUAUCUGCAAAUGCAAUGAGUCUACAGUCUACACCUGGUUGAAAUUGCGGUAUAAAAACGGAGAAGAAUGGCUUUUUUUGGUCAGACAUUUUUAUAAGGAGGGGCGACAAAGUUUGAACUCAUGACUUUAAAAUCCAAUGAUGGGAGCAGUGGCUAUUAGGGACUUUAAGGUCACAGUGGUCAUUAGACAAAAUGCCAUUGUUUGAAAGAAGUUGGGUUUUUGGGCGAAGUUCAUACAUUUUGUGUAUACUAUUGAAUUAUUAAAUUUUU